GCUCGAGCCACAGAAGCGAUAAAAGUCCCGCGCGCUGCGCUCCUCCUUUCGUCCCUUUAACGAGCUAAUAAACGAACAACAAGAUAAUCAACAACUGACCAACACGGCAGCCAUGCAGGAGCAGACACGUCUCGUCCUUUGGCUGCAACUUUUCGCAGCUUGUCUGGUGUUCGGGGUGAACGGUGAUUACUGCAAGGUGAACGUGUGCAUUAACGGUGGAACCUGUGUGACCAGCGCAGGAUCUCCGUUCAUCUGCAUCUGCCCUGAUGGCUUCACUGGAGACACCUGCAACGAGACCGAGACUGGGCCGUGUAACCCCAACCCGUGCAAGAACGAUGCCACCUGCGAGGUGACGGGCCAAUCCCGCCGAGGUGACGUCUUCAGCGAGUACGUCUGCAAGUGCCAGCUGGGCUUCGACGGAGUCCACUGCCAGGACAGUGUCCAAGGGGCAGAUUUAAGUACGAGAACAGAUGUGAACGACUGCGCCAGCCAGCCGUGUGGGAAUGGUGGCACCUGCAGGGAUCUGGAAGGAGAUUUCAAAUGCCACUGCCCGUCCCCUUAUGUGGGCAAACGUUGCCAACUGCGCUGUAUUUCUCUGCUCGGCAUGGAGGGAGGGGGCAUCGCUGAGUCCCAGAUCUCGGCCUCAUCAGUCCGUUACACUAUGCUGGGCCUGCAGCGCUGGGGUCCCGAGCUCGCCCGCCUUCACAACAAGGGGCUGGUUAACGCCUGGAGCGCCGCCACACACGACAAGAACCCAUGGAUACAGAUCAACAUGCAAAGAAAGAUGCGCUUCACAGGGAUCGUGAUGCAGGGCGCCAGUCGUAUUGGGACAGCCGAGUUCAUUAAGGUCUUCAAGGUGGCCUCCAGCCUGGACGGCAAGACGUACACCAUGUACAGAACAGACGGACAGAGGAAGGACAAUGUGUUUGUCGGAAACGUGGACAACGACGGCACCAAGACCAACCUGUUCGACCCCCCAAUCAUUGCCCAGUACAUCCGCAUCAUCCCUGUGGUGUGUCGCAAGGCCUGCACCAUGCGCAUGGAGCUGGUGGGCUGUGAACUCGACGUGUAUUCAAACACUUCAGGUUGUUCGGAGCCAAUGGGCAUGAAGUCCCGGUUGGUGUCCGACCGUCAGAUCACGUCCUCCAGCACCUUCCGCACCUGGGGCAUCGAGGCCUUCACCUGGCACCCUCACUACGCCCGGCUGGACAAACAGGGCAAGACCAACGCCUGGACCGCCGCCACCAACGACCAGUCUGAGUGGCUGCAGGUGGACCUGGGGUCUCCCAAGAAGGUCACAGGAGUCAUCACACAGGGGGCCAAAGACUUUGGCUCCAUCCAAUUUGUCACAGCCUUCAAAGUGGCUCACAGUGACGAUGGGCAGUCCUGGACUAUCGUGACGGACAAGACCACGGGGACGGACAGGAUCUUUCCGGGCAACAGCGACAACAACGUUCACAAAAACAACAUCUUCGAGCCCUCGUUCUACAGCCAGUACAUUCGCAUCCUGCCGUGGGAGUGGCAUGAGCGCAUCACCCUGCGAAUGGAGCUUCUGGGCUGUGACGAGUAGUGCUGUCCUGAUCCAGCCUCCCCCUGCUCCUCCUUUCUCUACCUCCUCCCC